CGUUGAUAAGACCUUGUUCUAAUCACACGUCACCUGGCGUCGAUGGUCAGUGUGUGGACUUCUUGCGCGAUCUCUCAAUCUCCGUUAGACGUGAUCAUUUCCAUCGAUUCGAUUCAAUCGAACUCAUUCUCUCCGUCCUUUACUUCUGUCAUUGUUCUUUCUUUCUCUUCGAACUUCUUCCCUCUCUCGUUCCUCGGAUUCGCGUGCAUCGAACCGGCACGGUUGUAGUUACACAGUGGAUCGCGAUCGAAAAAUUUCUCCUGACCCACCGAACGAUCCAGAUCGCUCCUCGACUUCUCUUGCCCUCUGCGCGUAGAUCGCAUACGUAAUUAUCUCCGCUCGCGCGAGCACGUAGACACAGUUCAGAACGUGUCACGCCGGAUCAUCGUUUCGUAAUCUCGAGAUGCAGAUAGAGAAUGCAUGCGCGCAUCGCGCUUCGACGUCCAGUUCGACGUCCAUACCGCGUACAGAUCAUACCACGAUUUCCGUUCUGACCCGUUCCACUCAUGGCAGACUCGUCUUCGCGGGCGAGGAACUCGUUCCGUACUUCCUACCGUCGGUCGAUCCAUUCCCUACGUACGUGUAUUAACAUUCUUCGAAUUCCGCACGCGUGCCGUCGAUCGAUGGCCACGUGUUCCCUCACUACCGAUAAAUAAAUGAAUUCACUCCGAUAAUUAAUCGGUGACCGCGCGUAAUCGUGACGUGAUACAAAAGAGGCUGUCGCACCCGAAGGUCGCGUGGAUCGACGCUGGCCAGGAGAAAUUAGGUGAACGCCGUCGGUGAAAGAAUUUUUGUCCCACUAUCCUACCGCGGAGGCUGUAGAGUUCGUACGAAGGUACCUGUUAGUGACGUCGGCACUCUGUAUGGUUACGUAACGGUGAGAAAUAAUAAACGCGUCGAGCGGAGUUAUUCCGUGAACCUGAUAAAAGCACCACGUGUCCGAACCGUUGACAUUGGGGACCGGAGUUUUUGUGGGCUCUCGGUGAAGAUCUCUCGGUUCCUUGACCGACGAGCAUGAGUUCCUUGAAUCGUACAGGGCAACGGGCCCUUCAGUGAAAGCCGGAUCACCGCGGUGUGUAAAUUUGUGAAACUGCGAAACUUCGUGCGUGACGUAUAUUAUACCUGCGACAGGUGGAUCGUAAAAUUUACUGUUCCUCUUCGCCGCUGCGUGAUCUCGCGACACGCGUAAGCAUUUCGUAGAAAAGUUCGUGGCACCGGCACGAAGGAAUCCCGUUACGUCACAGUUUUUUUGGAUUAAAAGAGCACCAUACGAAAUCGACGAGGAACGUUGACACGGCGGAAGAAGAGGUGGAAGAAGAAGCACGCGGCCAGGAAAAUUUAUAUCAACGCGGAACUCGCAAACCAGUACUCGUACGCGGUACGACUGACCUCGAUAGGGCUGUUCGCUCGUGUCUAAGAAAGAAUGAAAAAGAAACGAAGGAGCCGAAGAAAACGAGAACUGAUGCGUGUCGCGGUUGAUCCUGUAGUCGCGCGUAGUUCGCGAAUCGCCGCGUGAAGAGGAACGAGGACAGGGGCAAGAAAUAACACACGGACCCAAGUUCGAUCGGUGUCCCGUUAAGAGCGACGAGGACGGAGGAAGUGCGAACGAGGACUGGACGACGGAAGAUAGGCCGACAGGAGCAGAGGAGAAGGACUGAGCGCGAGUACGAGGCACCAGACGAGCCAAGAAGCAACUAGUAAAGCCGGAACGUGCGGGAGGAACACGCGAGAGGAUCGGAGCAGGAUCGGAGCGAGGGUAGAAGGAAACGGAGCGCGGCGACGAGGAAGACGAGACACGAAGGGAAUCGUGACGCGGGCGCGUGUGCAACAGGCGAUUUCCGAACGAUCUAUCUCGGCGGGUUCGCAGGUGUUCGCGUGCGUCCUUCAUGGCCUUGUUAACGGGCUUCCUCGUUCUUUACUAGGCCCCCUUUCAUCGUUCCACUGCCGACGACCCUGACGACGUCGGGUCCGGGAAAAUAAUAGCCACCGGACGAAAAACAGAGGGCGGACGCGUGAACGAGAAAAUAGGAGAGGAACCGAAAGGGAGCAGAAGCGGCGAAUCAUGCAGCUGGACGUCAAUGAGUAGGGCCAACAGACGUUCGCGCAGAGUUCCAGGAAACGAGAGGAAACGACGUUUUGCAAAAUAACAGAGAAGCGAAGAAGAAAAUCCGAGUUUCGUUAAAGACCAUAAAGGGAAACAAAAUCAGCGAAAGGAGGAAAAGCCACGAGAAUCGUGGAAAGGAACGGUACAGGUAGAAAGCACGACGGAGACGAGAGCCGAAAGAGGAGUGAACUGAGAAAGAGGUAGAGAGGAACCAGAAGCAGAAGCAGGGUGAGCUCGGAAGAGGAACGGACGAAGAGAGGAGAACCAGCGAAGAGGAAGAGCGUAGACGGCGGUGGUCAGGAGAGAAAGAAAGGAAAGAAGAGAAAGAGUGGAGAAGAGGGCUGGACGGAGGAAGAGAAAGAGAGAUAAGAGAGCAGUCGGUGUAGAAGGGAGUAGGGAGAAAGAAGAAGAGAGGGAGAAGAAGAGGCGCGUGGUGGUCGUGGUGGCGAGGUAGUGGACGAGAGCGAGCGAGCAUCCAGAUCUGUCGCGUGCUGCGUCGCUCUGGGAUGGGAUGGAAUCGGGACGACACGGUACGAAGCGGAACGGGACGAGACGAGACGAAACGGGACGACACGGGACGACGGCUGCUACUACUACAACCACGAGGACGGGAUGGGAUGGAUGCUGCGGGACGCCCGUGUGAGUAGCGAGUCGAGUCGAUCUCCGCGCGCUGGUAUUGGUUUCACUCUCGGCUGCUGCCGGCCCGUGUGCUGGUGUGUCGAUCUCUCUACGAGAGCGAACCGAGGAGCGUGCCCGAACGGAGCCGGAGAAGAGAACCGCGGCACUCGUUCAGUAGUUUCUCGGACGCCGCACCGGCACCAUCCGACCUAUCAGAUAACCCCGCCGACUCGCCGGACUACCCCCGAGUACCUAAUAACACCGACAGCUACCACGACGUCGCGCGGUGCACGCUGGAUCGUACGACUCGUCCGAGUACCACGGACGCGACACCCCUGGUUCCGAUCGGCGAUCGGAUCCUCGUCAACUUCGGUACUCACCGUUCCCACCGUCGUGAAAAGUAUUUCGCGAAGGCCGUAGGUCACGGAGUGGUGGAAGACCGUCGGGAUACCAACGAGAAAUCGCUACCAAAAGAUUCGUAGCGAUUCGCGGUCACGCGGGUCCACUCCGUUUUUAUCGCUUCACGCGUUGUACAUAUCGCGACCCAAAGAGAGUGUCACGCGCACGGGAGGUCUUUAAUCGUUCUUCUCUCUCUGUUCAUCGCUGUCCGACGUGCCGACCCGAUUGUUCGUCAAAUAGGCCGCGGUGGUCAGCAGGCGAAUACUCUCGCCAGGUGUCUUGUUCCUCGCGGUGUGUCCAAAGUCGAGCGCGUGUGUCGUAGAUUGUAAACGCGGCGACGAGCACGGGGCCGGAGCGCGGUGUGCACGAGCUCGCCCGCUAUCCCCGAACCGUAAUUACGCGUUCCGUAACGUCGAUUCCUCGGAGUGGUAAGAAGAAAAGUAGUGGUGGCCGGUACACAGUGGUGUAAUCUCUCUCCCCGGGAGAGAGAGAAUAUUUUUCGCGAAAGAACUCCGCGCGUGAUUGCGACCCUUGGCGACUCCGGAAGGAUACGGUCUCUCCCACGGCCGCGGCAGUCAGUGAAAGAGAAACGGUGAUACGGACAAAGACAGAAACGUCAGAAAAGAGAGGAAGAGGAGGCGGAGGAGGAGGUAGUGAUGCCCGCUGAAGAGAGGGAGAAAGAGAGAGGGAGAGAGAGAAACCCGUUAAGGCGGUACGAGUAACGUGUCGGUGGAAGUUCUUGCGAUUGAUAGAGGGACUAAGAGGAGAGGGACAGAAAGGUGGAGAAAGAGAGAAGAAGAGAGUACGCGAGGUCGACGAAGGUAAUCGGUAGCAUCAACCUGCGUGCCUCGACGAAACCGAUUAAAGACGAGCGAGCAACGAUCCUUUCGCCUCGUUUGUCGCUAAUUCGUCCUGCUCGUCGCCUUUGCGUCCAGUUCACCGAUCGCUCAUCCGAUCUUCGGCCAGGAUCAUUCGCAGUGUGACGAGUACCUUCGGCGAUAUCGGACCCAGGAAGCGUCGUCGUCGUAGCUGGUAAUUCACGUCGCGGGAUCCAUCGCACGUCGCCUCGAUGCCACCUCGUAAGCCAAUUCCGUGGUUUCCUAUCUUCGCCAACAAGCCGUUCUGACCGGUGCGCGGUCGAUCUUCUGGCUCGCGUCGACGAGAGGAGUCGUCGUCGCCCAUCGAUCCGUCCCUCGUCGAUCCGUCCGAAACGCCGUUGGAACCGUUGCCAAGGCGGACCGCAAUAAUGCGAGAGUACCGAAAGCGCGUUACAUGGACAAUAACGGCGGACCAGCUGCUGCAUAUCCAGAUUUCGGCGAGAAUCUCGUACCAACGCGGCCUACGUCCGUGGCAAAAGUAACCGAGGACGACGAUGCGGACUUCUAUCGCGAGACAGAAUCGUCGCGACCAAGUUAAUCGCGUGCCGUGGCUCUAGCCGGUCGACGAUUGAAUCGCGACGAGUACAUCGAACGCGAGAGGAUACUGAGGUACGCGAACGAAUUCGAAGCGACGAGAGGAAGAGGAGAAGUGGAACGAACGAGCAUCGAUGAGAAGAAGUGGGGAAUAAAACGUAGAAAGAGAAAGUUAAAGAUACAUCACGAUAAAAGCGCGGAGGAAGUGGCGCGUAGAUAAGAAGGAGGGCUCGGAAAGGAGUGUGGAUGAGACCGUCAUGCUCGCUGAGAUCGACACGGGCGGGCCCAGGGUGCUGCACUGUGAUUACCGUGCCGACUGCCCGAUACCGAUCGAACUAGUUUCCACCGAGUCUUCCUUGAACCGCGACAACAGAGUCGUUCGAACGCCGAUCGUACGACGACUUCCGCGGAGCGACGAGAAAGGAACGGCGACGCUCGAUGACGGUUUUGUCGUCGAGUCUCGUGGUUGGUUCGGUUUCUUUCCUCGUCGAGUUGAAUCAGCGUCCAGAUUUAUAGGCGUCCGUCGAGCCGAUGAGACGCUCGAGGAGGCGUCGUUGCAAACGAUUCGAUGCGUGGACUCGGAUUACCAUCGAAAUGCUUCCUGCCCUACUCGACCGGAGUCGCGACCACGCGACACGGACGACCGAUCGACGCUCGACGGAGCCACGAUAACGACGGGAACGCGAACCGACGAUCGUUCCUUGGAACAGGAGACGAGUCGGAGACUCGGUUCGUCAGGGAUCCCGUCGAGGAUACGGAAAAACGAACACGAAGAAAACGAGAGGGACGACAAUCGAGACCGGCGAGGAAGCUGGUGCUCGAAGCGUUGCGUCCUGUCGACGAGAGCUCGAAACUGGCCGCGGUUUCGCGUCGCGGACCAUGUCCGAAUAGGGAGAGCGGCACGGUUCUCUAGUCAGUCGAGCGACCCUUCGACGAGGUACGAGGAGCUCGUCUCAAGGAGCACGGUCGCGUCGUCGUUGGCCGACGAAACGUGGAAGGAAGUGGACGUGACGAAUUCCAGGAGUCGCUGUGAAUCGCGCGUCGCCAAGGUCGUGCCGAGCAUCGAUCUCCGGCGACGGACCGACUUUCCUCGUUCGCGCGAACGCGACGGGACCUUGACGAGCGGCGACCGGAGAACGAGGAAGAAGAAGAAGAAGAAAAGACGCGAGUACGCGUACGCGAACGGUCGCCGCUCCACGUACAUUCAGUUGGCGUUGCUGCUGUUCCUCGUCGCGUUCGGACAGUGCGGACUGCAUAAGCCGAGUGUGUUCAAUCACAGUGCGAAAACGAGUACGACCGGGUUGAGUGUGUUGGCGAUUGGCACGGUUAUCAGUGCAGUGAGUGCCGCGCCGGUUGAUUUAAUGGGUGACGCGGGCGUUAGGGCGGAACGGUCGGCCAAUUUGUCGCACAUCACUGGCGCUUCCAGGAAAAUACAGAUGUACAUCAAGAAUCGGCAUCUCCAGAUCCUGCCGGACGGCACCGUGAACGGUUCCAACGACGACACUUCGGACUACACGAUAUUUCAACGAAUGUCCGUGUCCAGGGGUCAACUGAGGAUCCAAGGUGUCGCGACCUGCCUGUACCUGUGCAUGGAUUCCUGCGGUCUUCUUUACGGCUCGCGUGAGUACACGGACGACUGCGUGUUCAACGAGACCCUCGAGCAGCACAACUACAACACGUACAGUUCUGCGAAAUGGUCCACGGCGAAGAAGACACUUUACUUAGGGUUGAAUCGCCGUGGCCAGCCGAGGAGGGUACAGGCCAAGGGUCACAACCUCGGCCGACUAUCCGCCUACGCCAGGGUGUUGACCCAGGUAGCACCUCUGGACCGGGUGGAGGCACUUCAGAGGCGACUGCUCGGUGCCAAACAUAACGUCCGUCAUCGACACAACAGUCAUCGCGGCGAUCUGCUGCAACAGUCGCUCUGUCCCACUCUUCCGGCGCAAGAAAAGGACGGCAGAGACAAGUUCAGGUGUCGCAAGCGUAAGAAACGAAAGAAGAGGAAGCGGAAGUGCAGACCGGGCGAGAAGCCAGGUCCGCAGUGCCAAACGACCGAGGACGGCAACGGUGGGCCACUGGUUCCCGUUGGAAACGAAGGUCCGGGUACGAACGGGACGUCCCCUGAGUCGAAGAGAUCCUGCGAAGGCGCGGCGAGCGAGGAGGCUUGCCGAAGAGAGGCUCUUUCGGUCCCGUCUAAGAAACGGAAGCUACGGGUCGAGGAGGAGGCCGCGGGGGGCGAUGGAACGUCCGCAGCUGGCCGCAGGAAUGUCACCGCGAGCAGCAGCAACGGUAAGAGCAAAGCACCAGCGUCAAACGCAAAAAAAGUAAACGCCGCUGGCAGCAUGAGUCAAAGUAAAAAGCCUAAUUUGACGGAUGGGAAGAAGAGAAGGAAGAAGGAGCCGUCAGCGAGGAGGAACCCGGCAGCGGUACCUCUGCCCCGGAAGAGGUUCACGCCUGGCCGAGUGGACAACACGUCUGCGGUGCCCACGGCAACCUCCGUACCGACCUCCGGAACGUCCUCCUCUUCUUGGUGGUAUCCUGGUGCGUCAACCGUCCCUUCAGGGAGAGGAGGCUCGCCUAGGCGCAGGACCAAACCGUCUUCCUCCCCAAAGAGCGUGCCCCUUGGCUCGAACACGGGCCCUCGCAGAGUAGGCAAAUCGUUUGGCAGAAAUCGUACGAGGACGAUAGGCCGAGUCGCUGGCGCGCACGAGACGACCACGACCGCCGUCGUGCUCGAUCGAACCUCGGUCCAGUCGGUGACCGUUAAAGUUCCUGAAACCGUUUCCGAACGAUCCUACCAAGACUCUAGUACCCUCUCCGUUGAAUUACCGAAAAUCGAGGAAGAGGGCCUGUCGAGUACGUUAUCCGAAUCCCUGUCCGUCGACGAAGACUCGUCCUCGACUUUUUCGAUCGAACACGCGAUCACCACGAUCGAUCCGACGUUCGCCGCCUCGACCGAAGCCGGCGCCGCGACGGCGACCACUCUUAGGUUGGUCGAGGAGGAGAACAGGUCGGUGGAGAACGUCGACGACACCGACGAUAGCGAAAUGUUCGACACGCCGGAUACCACGCUGUCGACCACCCCGGGGAUACCGAUCGAGAGACUGGCUAUGUGAGGCGUGCACACGUUCGCCUCCGGGCUCGGUCGCCUCCCACGGGAAUCAUUGUAAACUUGUACAUAGCGAUUACGUUACGACACGAUCAACAGCAUACGCAUACUUCACGUACGACGAUUGCGUGCGCAUGAAGCAUUCGCCGCGGUGUUUCGACUAGCGGAAGAUGAGACGCGGUCUUUGACUAUUUCUAGGAUGUCUCAUAAAAUUGUAAACCUUGAAAACGAUUCUGUUCCUUUUUUAAACACGAGUCAUGAAUGUACGCCGCGUUAGCUUAUACUAAAGAGUCUAUCUUAUCGCCACCGGCCUUUGUGUCCGUUCCACUGCACGCCGCAGGGGAGACACCUUGUACAUUGCAUCGACGAAACGAUUUGUCCUAAUUAGCGCGGCGAGCGACUCGGAGUAAGAAAGAAAAGUAAUGAUAGCAAUAUCGGAGAGCGAGGAGCAGGAGAAACGAGACAAUACGCGAUAUCUGACCAGAGGGAUGGAACAUUUGCAACAACGCUAGCGUUCGACGAACAACGACCGAGACACCGCUGAGAGAGGAUAAAGGUAAUGUGUAUCACGUAAUAUAAAACGUAGAAAAUCUAGAGAACUAAGGAGACGAUUAGAUCUAGAAGCUUGCGACUAGGAAUUGCGCGAUCAAUUUAUCACGGACACGACACGAAUGAAUACGUUGUUAACGAUUUCUCGCGGUGAUUUGUCGCGCGAGACAAAUUAGACGAUCCUUUCGCGUCGUCGGAGAACGAUUCGAGUGUCAUGUUCCUGUUCUUCUUAGAAUAAAAGAAAAUUGGCUCCUGAUAAGUACGUAACGAUAUUCGUACACGUGGACGAUGUUCAUUGGAAUCAUUAGACUGCCUGUUGCGAAUAAUAGGAAAGCGUGUGUAUUUAAAUGAGAGCAAUAAUAGUGUAGAGGAAUGAUUCGAACAUCACAGAGUGAGGAAUAAUUUUGUAUGGUUCUAAAGAGAAUUUUUAAGUAUUAAAUUAUACUGAGAAAGAGAAAAGUAUUAAACUGUUAUAGAGAUAUUUGAUAAAGUUAACGUUUAAGAUGAAUAAUUAAUGUAUUCUAACAAGGGCAACACCCGAGAGCCAAAAAUUUGUAACUCGCGAUCGAUAGGCUUACGAGAACGAUUACAAAUUAUGCGAACGAGAUUUAUACGUUUACGAAUGAUAAAGAUGUUUAGUUUUACAUCGUUCGGAAAGAGAAUCUUGGUAUAUGAUUAAAAAUAAUAUAUUAUCUAUUAAAAUGGUAUGUACGCUAGAGUCGUUUUAAAAAUAUUGUGUUCAUUUUCUUUUUGUAAUUUAACUUCCACGAGAGAGAUAGAUAACGCCCAAAGAGUGGUUUGUAAAUUAUUUAUUGCUCGUUCUAAGCAGAGAUUACGGAAAAUUGAGGACGAUCCUAAAUAUUGGUAGGUACAAACCUCGCAACGUAUGAAACUUCGUGCUAAUCGAAUGGCAAUAAUGGAGAAGUAUUUUUGUGCAUUUUCCUAGGAGACACUGCCUUUUUCGUAUACUUAAAUGUAGUGAAGAAUAAAAUCUAAAUGAGCUUACACGUAUGUAUAGGCGAUCAGAUAGUUUGCAAUUUGUAAAAGUGUUCGUUGCUUAGAAUUUGAUCGCCCUGGUUGACUAUUUGAUACCGCGACGAGAGAUAGGAAGUAAUUUUAAAAAGAGAAGUCGGGAGAGAGAGAGAGAGAGAGAGAGAGAGAGAGAGAACUGGAAGUGAUUCUGUAUCGUGUCCAACGUCUCCUUAAAUCUCGAUUAAGGAUUUUUGAAUGCGUCCACCAGAAAUAUCUUGACCUCGCUACGAAACUUUGUAGUUCAUUUACCUAUUAAUCUAGUAGUAUAUUUAUUAAAGAUUUAUUUAUUAAACAGUUGACUCCGUGUACAUAGAUCUACGAUCAUUACUCAUCAAUCAUGCGCAUCGAUCAUGUGUUCUUCGUAUGUUGCGUCUAUCCUUCGGCACGAGAAUUCGUCAAAAACAGCGAGCCCCUUACUUUAUUAAUUUUCCAAAAUGUUCCUACAUUUAUAAAUCGAAUAAUCGUCGUGUGAAAUUUCUUUUAUUGAUGUAUAAGACCCUUCCUACUGUUUUUUCUUUUAAAUAAAACAGAGUCAAAGGGUUUGGAAGUGCUUAACCCAAUGUCUUAUCUGGAACAAAUGAAAUUUCCUUCUUGACCUAGGUGCUCCGCGCUUAUCAGCUAGGGAACAUUUUUCCCAAGUGUCGCAACGGUUACGCAACCUAUCUAAUAAUAGUCACUGGCAAAGUCCGGCCAUUGCUUCCGGCGGAACUGAAAUUGGACCGCUUUGCUCGUAACGAAUAAAACCACUUUAAUUCCCAUUUCCAGAUGAUAACAUGCAGUACGUUUCAGCUUCCCUAAAUUGCCAGGGAAAAUGCUUCCGUACUAGCUUCCAUCAAAAUGCGAAACACAUUCUGUUCCCAAUUUUCUCUUUAAAGAAAAAUGAAUCCUAUUCUACGAGCUUUCCCGUAUUAACGAAAAAAUGUAAAGAUAAACCUGUUCGGUUUUUUCGUAGAAUUUAGGAUGUUCUUAAAGCGAUCGAUUUUUCACCACGUCCAUACACACAUUGCUGUACGUGUAACACAAACUUAAAAGAAGACUAAGCAAUCACGUAAAUAAAGUGGAACGCUGAUAUUUUUGGCGAGUUCCGUGCCGCCGCAAUUGUAAUAAAGUAUGCGUGUAUUUUGGCGAAUGAGACGACGAGCAGUACGUCGGGAUUAGAGGUAAAAAGACAAUUUGUAGUAAACGAUGUUGUAAGCGCGCAUGGACUGUACGAGUCCGUUAAACGAGAGACAAUAAAAAAAGAAAGCGACGUUUGUUUAAAAAAAAAAAUACGAUGCGAUCUAUGUUCCGAUGGUAGAGGCAAGCGAAUUAUCCCCUGAGAGAGCGAUUUCGUUUCUGUGCACGUCAUUCGAAAAAGAGACCAAUAAAAGAAUCAAGCGAUGCGAGUGUGUUUACACAUACAUUGUAAUCGUAUAGAAAAUCGCAAUAAAGGAAAGCAAACGGAAAACAAUCGA